UUAUGUGUGCUUAUAUACAGAGGAAGUUCUUAAACAAUAUACACUAACAUAGAAAGAAAAACUGAACAAAUAACAAAAACACUCGACAAUUCUCUCUCUCUCUCUCCACACACACAUACACACACAUAUAUAUCUCAAUCUCAUUUCCUUUUCUCUUUAUAUUAAUUCCCUGAUCGCUCCAUAAAAGAAACCCUAAUCCUUUAAUGUUUGUGUUUUUCCCAUACUUCCUCUCUUUCUUUUGAUGCCACUAGAAAAACCUAUUAUCCCUUUGAUGAAAUCUCUCCUCCUCCUCAUUUCAUUUUCUUAUAACCAGGCGGCGAGUGUUCUUGACGCGGCCGCUCUUUUAGAGAGAAAAUGAUGAAGAGAAAUGCGAUGGGUGAAAAGCUGAUGUUAAAUAGGCAAAACAGCAGCAACAAAAAGAGUAUUGACGAGAAGAAGAAUAAGAAGAAUAGGUUUUUGAUAAGUGUAAAUGUGAUUGGAAGUGCUGGGCCCAUAAGGUUUGUGGUUAAAGAAGAUGAUGAUGUUUCUUCUGUUAUUGACAUUUCUUUGAAGACCUAUUGUCGUGAAGGUCGUCUUCCAGUUCUUGGUUCUGAUGCUAACAACUUCCUUCUCUACUGUCCAAAAGCUGGUUUUGAUGCUAUGAACCCAUGGGAACCCAUAGGACGUAGUGGAGAAAGGAAUUUUGUGCUAUGCAAGAAAAGAGAGGUACCACCACAAAUGACAGAAGCAAGAUCACAAAUGAUAGAACACAAGACACUUGGUUGGAAGGCAUGGCUCAACAAAUCCUUUAUUAGUUUUAAGAUCUUAUCUCAUUAAGGCAAAUCAUAAUAUCAUUUCCAAUAUCUUAAUUACUUUGUUUUUUUUAUAUCAAUUCUAAGUACAAAAACAAACCGUGCACGCUCGUGAUGUCAGAUGUCGAGGUAUAGAUAUGCAAACAAUAUUGUUAACUGAUGUAACUAAAAAGUCAACUAAGCAUAUGUACCCAUGUCUGUGAUUGUCUUAGUAUGCCUUAAUAAUACACCUUGUAAUAAUAAAAAAAAACAAAUAGAGUGUCAGCUUCUUUUGGCAUUUCUUGGCAAUUAUAUUCUUAGUUAUUUUGAA